UUAAAUAAAAUAAAAAACCCCCCCUUUCCCUUCUUCCUCUUCUUAUUGUGCUGUUUGGAUCGCGCAAUAAUCAGAGGGAAAGAAAGAGAGAUAGGGAGGAGAAAGUGGUGCUGAAAAGACCAAAUUGACCUCUACCUCGACCUCUCUAUCUUUUGCAGCUACGACUUUCUGUCACUCUCUCGAUCAGCCAAUUUCUUCUUUCUGGCGGUUAUUGCAGGCUCACCAUGAACGAGAAGGCCAACGUCUCUAAAGAGCUUAAUGCCAGGCACAGAAAGAUAUUGGAAGGACUCCUAAAAUUGCCCGAGAAUAGGGAAUGUGCUGACUGCAAAGCCAAAGGUCCAAGAUGGGCAAGCGUAAAUUUGGGUAUCUUUAUUUGCAUGCAAUGUUCAGGGAUCCACAGAAGUCUUGGGGUACACAUAUCGAAGGUUCGAUCUGCAACCCUUGACACAUGGCUUCCAGAGCAGGUUGCAUUUAUUCAAUCAAUGGGGAAUGAGAGAGCAAAUAGUUAUUGGGAAGCAGACCUACCACCGAACUACGACAGAGUUGGAAUUGAGAAUUUCAUUCGUGCAAAGUAUGAAGAGAAGAGAUGGGUCUCUAAAGAUGGAAAACCACAAUCUCCUUCUAGUGGGAGGGAUGAAAGGUCUUCUUUGCAUUGGCAGAGACCUGCUGAAAGAAGUGGGCAUGGACACACCAGCAGCUCUGAAAAUUUGUUUGAGGAAAGAAAGAAUUUUCAAGUAUCAAAUUCAAAAAACAGUGCUCCUGCUACAAGAAUAAGUCUUCCUGCUCCUCCUAGGGCAUUUGAGCAGGUCACUGCUCCUGCAAAGCCUCAACAGGUUGUUGAAAAAGCUGAACCAAUGGCGGAGGCUACUGAAGCUGCAAAGAAGGUUGCAGAUGCUGCUCCAGCUGUCUCUCCACCCAAAGUUGAUUUUGCUACUGACCUUUUCGACUUGCUCUCCAUGGAUGGCCCUACUGAAAAUGGUUCGGAGGCAGCUGCUAAUGAUGAUAACAGUUGGGCAGGUUUUCAAUCUGCAGCAGUUGCUGAAGAAGUAUCAACAACUGGAAAUACUGGUCCAACUAAAGCAGUAGAAAAUGAUACCCAGUCCGUUUCUGGAAUUGAGGAUUUAUUUAAAGAUUCACCUUCUUUAGCAACCCCUUCAGUCUUGGAGAAACCCCAGAAAGAUGUAAAAAAUGAUAUAAUGAGCCUUUUUGAGAAGUCAAAUAUGGUAUCACCGUUUGCGAUGCAUCAACAACAACUUGCUAUGCUGGCACAACAGCAACUUCUUAUGGCUGCUGCAGCAAAAUCUGCUGGUGGGGAUCCAAAAGCGAUAAACCAACAGCAACUUGCUAUUCUGGCACAGCAACAGCAACUUCUUAUGGCUGCUGCAGCAAAAUCUGCUGGCGGGGACCCAAAAGCAAUGAAUCAACAGCAACUUGCUAUACUGGCGCAUCAACAGCAACUUCUUAUGGCUGCUGCAGCAAAAUCUGCUGGCGGGGACCCAAAAGCAAUGAAUCAACAGCAACUUGCUAUACUGGCGCAUCAACAGCAACUUCUUAUGGCCACUGCAGCAAAAUCUGCUGGUGGGGACCAAAAACUUUCAGGCAGUAUUCAACAGCAAGGACCAAAUGGUAUCAGCAUACCUGUACAAAACUGGCCAAAUAUUGGAUACCAAAUCCCUGGUUUGAUGAUGCCAGUAGCUGGGCAGGGUGACUUACAGAAACUUAAGCAGACUGCUGACAUAAGACUGACACAUCCUGGGGGAAGCUCUGUACCAUAUCCAACAUCUAGCCUUCAUAACAUUGAGCAAGUUACCCCUGCUAAUGGUGGGACAAACAAUGGAGUCGGGAAAACUCAAUCGUCAUCCUCAGUCUCAUCUGGUACUUCAACACCAGCCGGAAAGGAUUAUGACUUCUCCUCUUUAAUGCAAGGCAUGUUCUCAAAGCAUUGAGUGCCAUCAGGAGUUGAAGUUGGCUACAUCAUACAAUACUAAAAUAGUUUGAUUACAUGAAAAUAGCACUUCAAAGAUUUUGUUCUUCCCUUCUUGGUUUGCGAUUGUAAACUACUCUGUAGAGGCAGUUCCAGUUUUUCCUUCAUAUUUCGUUGAUGGUUCAUUUAUACGAGUAUUCAGAGUAAUAAAGAUGGGCUAAGAUUGAUUGUCA